AUGCCUGUGCCGAACCGCCCGGGCACGCCGUGUUCGAUCGACGACCUCAUCGAACAGCAAGGGGGAAUAUCCUCUGCCAUCGGCUUCCGCUCAAGCAGAGUCCAGCAGUCUAAGAAGGACGACUGCCGGGACAGGGAGCUCUACUUUAAGGGCAGGAAGAAUUGGAAGAAGGGCAGCUGGACCGAGGAAUCCCUACGUGCUGACAAUGCGUAUUUUCGCGUGCGGCUCCUUUCCGUGGUUCGCGAGUUGACGUACCUGCGGGCUGAGAAUGCAUACUUACUUGGGCUCCGAAAGGCCUCCAUGUCGCUAUAUUCCAGAAAUAUAGACUCCGUUAUCUCCCAGGAUGCAUGCCUCGACGCCCUCGGUGACGCACUCCGUUCGAUAUUCGACACAUCCGGCCCCGGGACAAGCGAAAGGGCCCGGCAGGACAUAGAUCAGAUGGCCGACCAGUUUCGCAAAGCUCUGAUCGACUGCCGCGCAUUCAGCGCCGCAAUCAGGGAGUCGUCGGUGGAGUUUGCCAGCCAGACACGGCUGCUUGAAGAGGACUGGGUAAAAUGCGUUGAGAAUAAAAUCUAG